AUGGCACCAGCGCGAGUGCUACCUCUUCCUACAGCCAUAGUAGUCCGCGAUGCGCGCUCCGACUCUGUUCUCGCGCAGUUCCUAGGCGGCAAGCCGGCCGGCGAGGUAUGCGACGCGUUGGAGCGACUCACGGGGUCGCCGGGCUGUCUCGUGCUCGGCGACAAGGCGUCACAGGGUGCACCGCUCGUGUUGACUGAAUCGGAUGUGAUACAAACGGGGACGUACUACUGGCGAGUGGCAGUGACGAGGUCUUCCUCUCAGCCCAUCUCCCAGCCGGCACACCCCCCAUACAAUCACACCCGCCACCGUCACCAUGAUUGGUCCGCGCAACUCGCGGCGUCUGUACUCGCUAUACUCAUCCUCGGUUGCGGAAUCCAGCUUUUCAUCAUGCUCGCAGCCCUCCCCUUCUGCAGCUAUCGCUGGUCCUGCGCGUUUUCCCACUACCGCUCGUUCAUCUCCUUUAUAGACGGACCCUUUAAGGUGUUCGCGUUCGCCGCGGCCGUCCAAGCGGCCGGCAGAAGCCCCGGCCGGUGGCUGUGGUUCGUGAAACACCUUCGUUUUAAUCACAUCCGUCUGAAUCCGUUUCAAGGAUGGUUUUCGCGGCUACGGAUUCUGGGGAAGUCAGGAUCGGGAACAAGGGUGGGACAGGCGUACAGAGGAGAAAUAGGGUUUGGAGGAGAAACAGGGCUUGAAGGGAAAGGAGCCAGAGAGGAGAAAAGGGAUUCAGGGAGGAAAGGGAGAGGAGGACGUGGUGGUAGGGGAGCGAGGAAAAGCAGCUCAUGUCAGGGAAAGCAAGGAGAGGCAGGUUCGGGAAGAGGUUCGGACACAGGGCUGGUCAUGGAACCAGGGCUAGCAGCAGCGCGGGGUCUGGGAAAACCUGGAUCGGCGUUUGCUCCUCCUCGGGAAUUGGUCAACUCUCAUGACUCGUUUCCUGUGGCAUCAGCUCUCUCACAUGACGCUGGUUCACCCUGCUCAAUGCCCUUCUCCUCUGCUGCUUUCUUUAAUACCUCCCCACUACGGCCUUUCGCUUCUAGAGGAAGUCUCCCUGGGAAGCUCUCGUCCUCGUUGUCGGCUUACAUUGUGAGAAGGUCUAUCUCUGAUGGCGGCGGCAGUGGUGAUGUGAGCAAGCGCAAGGAAGACUGA